AUGUCCUUAUUGGGGCAAGUUGCAACAACCGCCAUCCAUUGCAAUGUCAUGAUGUCAGGUGGUAAGAAAGACGGCGCGAAGCUCGCGGCCAAGCUCGCCUCCGCGCUGCGCCUGCAGCGGCGCCACCUGCGCGACUGGGGGGCUCUGGCCGCGCGCGUGCAGGAGUUGAUCGGGGACCGUAACACGUGCGGGCAGGCGGUGCGGCUGAUGAUGCAGAUCGAGGGCCUGGACGAGGCUGUCGACAGGUCCGAGGUUCUGGGGAUGCUGGUGGCGGACGGCCAGGAGGGCCUGGCAGAGGCGUGGGCCACAGACCUGGGCAGAGGCUACCAGGUGGCCUUUGUCCAGGCCUGCAUCGCCCAGGACCGCCUCAAGCCGGCGGCCAAGGCGGUGCGCACCCUGGGGCUCCAGGAGGAGUUCCCCGAUGUCGAGAGCACGUACCGCCUCCAAUCGCUGCGUCGGCUCAUGGACCGGCGGCUGUGGCCGGUGGCGCUGACGUUUGUUGGGCAGGACCCGCAGCUGCAGAUGCUCCUCCUGCAGGAGAUGGUCGCCUGCGGCGAGGCCGCCCUCGCCGCGGACUACCGGCAGCAGCUCGGACUGCCCGAAACCGCCCUCAAAAUCGACCCUGAGGAGCUUGCGGCGGCGGAGGCCGGUCGCAAAGAGACGUACCUGCAGCUGCAGCUGCCGCCAGGGGCGGUGGCGGUCGUGGACGACGCGCGCCAGCUGGUGGAAGCCGGCCGGGCGCUGGCGGCGGCGGGGGCGGUGGGGAUUGACGUGGAGUGGCAGCCGGGCGGGCGGCAGGCGCCGGCGGCGCUGCUGCAGGUGGCGACUCGCGACCGGGUGUUUUUGUUUGACCUCAUCGCGCUGGCGGGGCCCCACCCCUCCGAGCUGAGCGCCGCGCUGGGCCCAGUGCUGCUGUCACAAACCACCCUCAACGCCCCGUCGCGGCUCGCGCCGCCGGCCGGCGCCCGGGACGACCUCGCCGGGCCCGACGCGCCACCAAUCCCAACGCCACCUCCCCCCUCCGCAACCCUAUUGUCGACACGCACCUUGGGACGGCCGGCCUCGGAGCAGCUGCUCGGCGACCUGGCAAAGCUGGCGGGAAGCUGGCCGGACGUCGAGGCGUUCCGCGAAGUCAAUGCGGUGCUCGACCUGCGGCCGUUGUGGGUUGCGUACGGCCUCAAGCAGCGCGCCCAGGGCAACGGCUUCCCGGCCGCGACGGCGCGCACCCUGAGCGCGGCCGGGCUGUCGGCGCUCUGCGCGGCGCUGCUGGGCAAGCCGCUGGACAAGGCCAUGCAGCUCUCGGACUGGGAGGCGCGGCCGCUGACGCCGCGCCAGGUGGCGUACGCGGCCCUGGACGCCCACAGCCUGGUGCUGCUGCUGGAGCGCCUGGAAGACGGCCUGGGGGGCGGCGCAGCGGCGCUGAUCACGCAGCACACGGGCGCUUUUCGGGGCGGCCGCCAAAGAGGAAGGGGGGGCGGCGGCUCGAACGGCGUGGCGACGACAGAGGCACCCAUCUCUUCCUUGGACGCCGUCGCGUCCACCAGCGCGACGGCGGCGGAUGCGGGAGCGGCACCGGCAGCGGCAGCCGCCCAGGGAGGCGGCUUUUCGGGCCUCGGCGGCGCGGCGCGCGCGGUGAUGGCGCUGUCGGUGGGUCCAUGUGCCGACGAUAGCGGUGCCGACAGCGGUGACAGCAGCGGCGGCUGCGGCGGCGAGCCGCGCGUGCUGUCGUUCCUGCGGCGUCAUGCGCUCGAGGCGGCGUUUGUGCGCAUCGACGACGGCGGCGCCGCCGCGGCCGCGGCCCUGGCCGUCCCGCCGCACCGCAUCGCCAAGAGCAUGGGCGUGAUGGCGGGCGGCCAGCCCUGGAUUGUGGUGACCCGGGGGGACCACAAGAUCGACAUGCACAAGGCAGGCACCGAUGAUCUGAGAUCUCGGGCAAGCCCCUGGGGACGCAGCCGCCGUGCGGCGCGGCGGGCGGCGGGCGCCCGGCCAGGCGCCCGCGGCGCAGGCGGCGUUAAGGCGGGCGGCCGCGUCUCUGGCGCGCUUAAGCAGCUUGCGUCUUGCGUGAGCGCGCCGCGCAAGGCGGUGCGCUUCGCCUCGGAGCAGGAGCUAUUCGACAUUUACGGGUUCGUGCCAGGUACGGUGCCCCCGAUCAGCCACGACCCGCGGCGUGUCCAGGUUCUUAUUGACCGGCGCCUGCGCACCACUGGACGCCCGGUGGCGGCCGCAGCCGCCGCUCGCAGCAGCACCAGCAUCACCAACACCAGCUGCAGUAGAAGCAGCAGAAGAACAAGCAGCAGCAGCAGCAGCAGUAGUAGCAGCAGCAGCAGCAGCAGUGGGUGCGCCGAGUCCGGCGCUGGCUGCGGCGAGGAGCCGUCGGCGGUGCCAGGAACGAGCGCCAGCAGCGGUGAGGGGGCAGGGCCUAAUUCACAGGAGGAUGGGGAGGAUGGGGAGGAGCCGCUACUGCGCUGCGGCGCGGGCGUGCCUUGGGCGGCGCUGCUGCUGCGGCACAGCCAGAUCAUGCGGCUGAGCGGUGGACACGAGGCCGACGUCGCCGCCGCCGGCGGCGGCGCGGGCGGUCUGCCGGCUGCAAGGGCGGGCGGCGGCGGCGCGCCGGCAGCAGCGGGCGGGGCGGCGGGCUUGGGCCAAGAGGGGGGACAGGAGGAGGGGCCCGCGCCAACCAGGCGGCAAGGGGAGCUCGCCUUCCUGUGCGAUGGGAUGCUCGGCCGCCUCUGCCGUUGGCUGCGCUGCCUGGGGGUCGACUCGGAGCUGCUGGAGCGCUCGGCGGGCAGAUUCGCGCCUGGUUACGCCGGUGACGCCGGCAGUGACGUCAUCGGUGACGUCGGCGGCGGCGCCAGCGGCAGCGCCAGCAGAGGCGGCGGAGGCGCCGAUGGUGGGCAGGCGCGAGGCAGCAGCGGCGGCGGCGGCGGCGGCGGACGCGACGGGACCGCAGCCGGGGCCGGGGCGGGGACGGCGGCCGGCGCGAGCAGGACGACGGCUGACGAGCUGCGUGCGCUGCUAGCGCGCAUCGCGGAUGCGGGCGUGAAGCAGGGCCGCGUGUUCUUGACGCGUGACGCCAAGCUGGCAGGCCGCCGCGACCUGGAGGCGGCGGUGUACCUGCUCACAUCCAACGACCCCGCGGAGCAAAUCAGGGAGGUGGCGCGGCACUUCGGCGUACGGUGA